AUGCACAGGCUGCUGGGGAGCGUGGCGCCGCCCAUUCUGCGAUCAUCAGCGCGACCAGAGCUGCUGAGGAGCGCUCAGGCAAGCAACCUAUGCAAUCUUGGUAGACGGCCGCGGCACGACAGGGGCCUCGCCAUGCAGACAAUAUCUGAGGAUAGGCUUCAGGAGUUUCUGCAGGCCGAGGUCAAGUUCUUUGCCCGCCAGGAGACAACGUCCAUUAGCAUCUCCGAGAUCUUGCAAAAAUCGGAACCUGAAAACGCAGCAGACAUGUGUCACGCAGAGCUCCCAAUACGAUUUGCGCAGAGAAUCUUGCAGAUUGAGGACAUACCGACGUGGAAGUCUUGUCCAGAGCUCGUUGAGGUGCACAAGCUCUAUAGCCAUACUUUCCGCGACCUCCGACUACAGGAUUUGAAUUUCAACAAUAUGGACCCUUUCACGGAGAUGAUUCAGACGCUCAAAGAGCGUAUGAAAGGGGUAAUUCCCAACCUUGCCAUGGGGAUGCGCCGGUUGAAGAUGGAGGAGGGCUGGACAGAGGCCCAGAUCACAGAGUGGUUGGAUACAUUCUUAUUGUCUCGAAUUGGCACUGAGAUGCUCACAUCGCAGUACAUUGCAUGCACGACUGCAAAUAUCAAGACGAAAAAGAAUCGUAAAGGAAUAGUGGACCAGGUCUGUGACCCUGCAUCAAUUUGCGAGCAGGCUGCCAAGCAGACUAAGAAAGUUGCCAGGCAGCACUUCAAGAAUAUAGACCGAGAACCUCUCAUCAUCGUUGAGCAUAUGCAUUCAGAUUCCCGUGUGAAGUUUCCGUACGUGCCACAAUACCUCUUCUACAUAAUGGUUGAGCUGCUGAAGAACAGUGCGCGCGCCACAGUGGACACCGCCCUGAAAGAGGGCGGCAGGUUGGAGGACCGACCGAUCGUAAUCAGCGUUGGGGCCGACAACAGACAGAUUGCCAUCCGGGUGCACGAUAAGGCGGGCGGUAUCCCUUUCAACGUGGCGGACAACGUCUGGUCCUACAUGUAUUCCACGGCCACGAAAGGCGUGGACACUGAGGACUCCGACUUCUCCUCCCAGGGCACCCCGCUGGCUGGCUACGGUGUGGGCCUGCCGCUCAGCCGGCUCUACGCCAGGUACCUCGGCGGAUCGCUGCACCUCAUGUCCAUGCCCGGAGUUGGGACCAGCGCCUACCUGUACCUCAAGCGGCUCGAGGAGGAUGCCAAGGAGCAGUUGCCGACCUCUGUGGGCUCGCUGUCCGACCCGAGCUCCAGCCUCCUGGGGUGA